UCAAGUCAGCCGGCUGCAUGAAGUCGAACACACCUAUUGUGUGACUUCCGAAGGUUCGACGGGUGAUCACGUUUUUUUUUGCCAAUUUGACGCUCGACACCUUUGUAUCGGUACCCAUUGCUUCGAAAGGUCGAUACCGCUUCGUGAGCACGCCUUCGAGCGCAACAUCCAUAGAUUCUACUGGUGAAUAGAAGUCCAAAACCAGAAUGUCGUUAGAAGUUUAUUUGGACCUUUUCUCACAACCCUGCCGUUCGGUCUAUAUUUUUGCAAAAAAGAACAACAUUCCUUUUGAUUUUAAAAAGGUUUCGCUGAUGGAAGGGGAGCAGUAUGGAGAAGACUUUGGAAAGAUCAACAUGAUUCGGAAAGCCCCUGCUAUACGAGACGGAGACUUCUGCUUGGCUGAGAGCAUUGCCAUCAUGAUGUACCUGGCUGAGAAGUUCGGGACGCCAGAGCAUUGGUAUCCCUCCGACCUGCAGAAACGCGCGCGUGUAAACGAGUACUUGUCCUGGCAACACAUGGCCAUCCGAAUGCAUGGCUCCAAGAUAUUUUGGGUGAAGCUCAUGAUUCCAAAGAUAAUGGGUGUGGAGGUCCCUAAGGAGAAGAUGGACGCAGCUCUGGAGGACUUGAACAGCUCGCUCACGCUCAUCGAAGAGAAGUUCCUUCAGGACAGGCCUUUCAUAGCGGGGGAGCAGCUCUCUCUGGCGGACCUGGUGGCCGUAGUGGAGGUGAUGCAGCCUGUAGGUGCCGGGGUGGAUGUGUUUGAGGGGCGUGUGAGGCUGAAAGCAUGGCGAGACCGAGUGAGAGAGGAGGUCGGGGCAGAGCUGUUUGAUGAGGCCCACCAAGACAUCCUAGCUGCCCAGGACAUGAUCAAGAAGUUGGACGCCAGCAAGAUGCAGGGCUUCAGACCCAAAAUCCUCAGCUUAUUUUUCUGAAGGAUUAUGGUAUCCCAAUCCUGGUCGCCACCAAGCCGACCAUUCAUUUGAAUCAGGUGUGUUUCCAGCAGGGAAACAUCUAAACAAUGCAGGGCAGGGAGGCCCGAGGACCAGGAUUGGGAACCCCUGGGAUAGAACAUACAUAGGGUUAGGGUUAGGCUAGCAUACAGAUACAUAACAACAUAUGCAUACAGAUACAUAACAACAUAUGCAUACAGAUACAUAACAACAUAUGCAUACAGAUACAUAACAACAUAUGCAUUUUAUACAGUAUAAAACAACCAUAAUCCAUUAUAAGAAAAAAAAAACUUGAUUUUCAUUUUAUUUAGAGUAAACUGUAAACCAUUCACUUGCUUAUCUUCGAGCUUUCUGUCCCCUAUCCCUAGCCUCUGAAUGGCCUGGUCACAUGACCCUCCCUGUCCCCUAUCUCUAGCCUCUGAAUGGCCUGGUCACAUGACCCUCCCUGUCCCCUAUCCCUAGCCUCUGAAUGGCCUGGUCACAUGACCCUCCCUGUCCCCUAUCCCUAGCCUCUGAAUGGCCUGGUCACAUGACCCUCCCUGUCCCCUAUCCCUAGCCUCUGAAUGGCCUGGUCACAUGACCCUCCCAGUCCCCUAUCCCUAGCCUCUGAAUGGCCUGGUCACAUGACCCUCCCUGUCCCCUAUCCCUAGCCUCUGAAUGGCCUGGUCACAUGACCCUCCCAGUCCCCUAUCCCUAGCCUCUGAAUGGCCUGGUCACAUGACCCUCCCUGUCCCCUAUCCCUAGCCUCUGAAUGGCCUGGUCACAUGACCCUCCCUGUUGGGUUCAUCACUCCCAGCUGUCGAUUGCUGAGGGUUGUGGUUGGUCAGGAUUGUGGGAUGGGUCAUGUGACAUGUUGGCAGGAAAUUAUGUUUUCUCAUGGGAGAUAAAGGGAUUUGCUAAGGGUAAAGUGCAACCUUAGGUCAAAAAUGUUGUUGAAAUCCUUACGGUAGAGUCAGAUAGGUGAAAUUUGAACAUGUUGGCAAUUCAUGCCAUUCUCCAUUCUGCUAGAUAAAAACUGUCUUUUGUAUUUUGAUCUAGGACUGUAUCAGUGUUUUGUUGGUAACCUCAAUAAAGUUCCUUUCUUGCU